GAGCUGUUCAGGGAGACUGCUUACCGACUGCUGCUGCAGGCCUGUGUGGUCAAAGUCACAUUACUUAAGGGAGGGGGUAAAAACUACGCCAAGGACUGUAAAGGUGGGGGGCACGCUCUCUCAGGCGCUGCUGUUAUUGAUGCCUCGCUGAUUUUGAACACGAGGAGAGGGAAGGAGUUACUCUUCUCUCCCGACACUCAUUACCUCUUGGUGUCACCUGACUCCAGCUGUAGUAUUUCUUACCAAGGUGAAAUACAAGCCAGCAGCUCCCCUAACAUCAACAUGGAGCGCUGCUUUAAUGAAAGUUCCACUGUGGGCAACAUUGAAAACGCAGCCUUAGCUCAGGACGAUCUCCUGUGUGUCAUAACCUCAAACAUGGACCAAACCUUUAUUGCUACGCCUGUGAAUGACAGAAUUGGUGUCUGGAGUGAAGGUUUAAACCAUCUCAGUAAUGGACAGACUGAUGGUGAAGAGAUGUCUCCAGACUCUGUUGGCAGUGACAGGCAGCUGAGUUCAUGUGAGACAUCCUGCAGAGGGUCCAGUGAGAACGACUGCUGCUCCCUGAGCUCUGGGGAAAUGCUAAUAAGGAGUAACAGUUUCUGCUUGGAGGAGCAGUCCCUCAUAGUCAUUUCCUCCCUGGAUGAAUCAUCCCUCUCUUCAGCUGCAAGUCGCUUAUUGGUCCCUGCUGAUAAUAACCAGCUCUCAACCACACUGCCAGAUGCCUGGGAAACGUCCCCAAAAACAGUGACAGAGCAGGACUUGGGCCAUCCUUGUCUAGGUGUCACUUUUACCCAGGCAGACAGUUUGGAGUUUCUCUCUGAGGAAAAUGAUAAAGCACCAUCCAAUUCUAUUGUGGCUCUGCCAAGUGAGCGCGAGGGGGGGCUUUUGAUGACCUUUAUCUGUGAAUCCUCUGCAGAUCAAGGGGCCAGUUCCGCCAGGGCUGAAACUGAACCGACUUCUAAUCUUUUAGGUCCAUUUACCCCAGAACACGGCAAGACCUUCAUGUCACCUAUUCAAGGAAAUGACGAGGACAUCCACACUUCCACCCCAGUGCAAAACACAGGGAACAAGAUACCCAGUCUCCCCUCUUUGUCCCCAUGUGUUGAAAAUGUGAGCAACCCUGCAAACCAGCUUGUAAAAAGGCAGCAAAUCUCUCUAAGGCCUAAACAGCAUGCAGCUGCAGGACUCCCAUUCUCACCAAGCAAAAUCAAGAAAAUAGAAAUGGAGAAGAACUCCAAAGUAAACCUUCCUGGUGGUAAAACUAAAGUCCUCAUUAAAGCUCCGCAUCAAGUGACAGUGCCAGGCCAGGCUCUGGCUUUACUACAGAAACCAUUGACUGGGUUCAGUAAACUCAAAGAAAUUAACAGGAGAGCAAAUGUUAGGAUCAGUCCCACCAAAGUAAUGAGUAGCUCUACAGGUGCCUCUGCCACAUCUAAACUGUUACAUGAUGCUCAUGGACAAGUCAGUACAAGAGCUGCUAAAUUAAGUGUAACAAAUAAAGAGUCAGGUGGGCGUAAUGUUAUACAUGGACAAGGAAAGACCACAGCAUGUCCAUCUGACCAUCUGUCCACUGCAAGUGGCCACAGAUCCGCUGUGCCCAGCACUAACAGCAGUCCUGACACUGUUGGGGCAUCGUCUAGCCAGCCAUCGGAUGCCUCAACGCAGUGUGCUUCAUCUUUAGAAAAAUCGCCCACUAGGAGCAGUCAAACAGAUCCCAAAACAACGGCACAGAAACACGCGUCAGAUCAAAUUGAGGUCAGGUCAGGCUCAGCUCUUGGUCAGGGCAAGCCUCUCGUGCGCAAAGCACGGCCUCGCUGCUCAUCGGAGAGCUCAUCGACAUCUAGGCCACCCAAGAAGAGAACAACUCUAAGAGUCACAACGAGUUUCAGCGUUCGGAAAGCUGAGGCCAACCAGAGUCUAAGCAAACCAGCCAGUGUGAACUGCCCCACCCAAAAUAAACAGGUCGAGAAAACUAGGAGGUCCUCUGACGACUCCCCGAGAGAGGUUAAGAAGAUUAGCCUGGUGGCAGAGGCCAACAAAUCAACAACAGCUGGAGACUCGUGUGAUGAGAAAAACCGUAGUUCUCAAAGUCGAUCAUCCCCCAAACAAAGAAGGGUACCUGCCAGUCCCAGACCCUCUGCUCUCUCAGCCCGGCAGAGAGAGUUCACCCUGGGGAGGGUUGACAGCAGGAUAUCCAGAACAACGGGGACACCUCGAUUCCAAAGAAGCAAUGCAGGCAGCCAGAGAGCACAGGAUAUCCAAGAGUCCCCAGCUGGCAUAAAGCCCCAGCUGAAUGGAUCCUGGCCUCCUAAGACGCCUUCUCGCCCCACUGCUAUGGGCCCUCCACCCACCCCUGCUUGGAGACAAGCAGGCAAGUCCCUGGGACCAUCCAGAGGUCUAAGUGAUAGCAGUGAAUCGGGUCCCAGCACCAGGAGCACAGCAGUUUCUGGGGGAGCAGCACAAAGGCCAACCCCGCUUAAACAAGUACUGAAGGCCAGGCUAAUCUCAACUCCAGGAAAAAACAGUGGAACAACUUUGACCCCAGCGUGCAAGCCUGCUGCCUCCACAGGCAAAGGAGCACCGAAUUCUACAGUCACUCCUCUGAGGAGGACUACAGUUGCAAGAUUUGUGCGGCCAAUUUCAAGCGGACUUGUGGACAAGAAUAAAUCCAAGGCCACCUCUCGCCAGCAACCAUCCCAGAGCACUGGACCUCAAAAUGUGGUACAAGCAAAGGCCGCACAGUGCGAGAGGAAAGACCACGACCCCCAGCAGCUCCAGCAACUGCUGACGGCCAGUAACUGUAGAUUUCAGGCACUCACCAUCGUGUUGCAGCAGACUUUGGCUGAGCGCGAUGAAGCCAAAAAGCAGAGCAGGGAGCUGUCCCAGGAGCUGCUCAACCUGCGAGGAGAGCUGGUGUCCUCCGCCCACUCAUCCGAGCGCCUGGAGAAGGAGAAGAAGGAGUUGCGUGCUGCGCUGGACGAAGCCCUUCAGAGGCUGCAGGAAGAGCACCAAAAGGAGCAGACUGAGCUGGAGCAGAGGCUGCAGGCCUUCUACCAGGAUGAGUGGGAGAAAGUUCGCCUCACCUAUCAGGAGGAGGCCAACAAGUGCAAGACUCUCAUACAACAGCAGAUGGAAGACCUGAAAGCCAAUCAUGAAGUAAUGAAGCUGGAAUUACAGAGCAGCCACUCACAGCAGCUGCAAAGAGUUCAACAACAGUACGAGAGAAAACUGGAAGAGCUGAGGGAAGUCCACAAACAAGAGCUGCAGUCUCUGGACAAAACCUUGAAAGAUGCUGAAGCAGCUCUGUCAGGAAAAAUACAAAAUCUGACGAUGGAGAAUAAUGCCCUCAUUGAGAAGCUGGCUGCUGAAGAGCGCAGGAGGAAGCUGUCCGAAAAUAGCCAGAAGGACAGUCACACACUGUAUCUGGAGCAGGAGUUGGAGAGCCUGAAAGUGGUGCUGGAGAUCAAAAACGACCAGCUCCACCAGCAGGAGAAGAAGCUGAUGGAGAUCAACAAACUGACGGAGAAAAACGUGAAGCUGGAUGAGAGCCUUAAAAAGGUCCAGCAGGAGAAUGAAGACCUGAAAGCCCGCAUGGAAAGACACGCCGCACUGUCGAGACAGCUGUCCACCGAGCAGGCAAUGCUGCAGGAGUCCCUUCAAAAGGAGUCCAAAGUCAACAAACGUUUGUCCAUGGAGAACGAGGAACUGCUCUGGAAGCUCCAUAACGGAGACUUAAAUAGCCCCCGCAAGCUGUCCCCCACCUCCACCUCCCCUUCCCAUUCCUUCAGCCUCCACUCGCCUCGCAGCUCCGACCUCUUCUCCAGCCCUCCUGUCUCCCCCAGAUAACAACGGGCCCCUGCUUCCAAGAAGCACAGCCUCAUGUUGUAUCAUCCCUCUGGAAUGAGAGCCAUGUUUGUUUCUGGUUCCGAGCAGAACUAUUUGAAUUUGGCUCCCGCGGGAUCGGAAAAACUCUGGACACUUGUUGUAAAAAAACGCUUCAUACUGUUUAAAAGAGUGAGAAAGGAAAAACUUUGCACAGAAGCACUUCACAGGAAGACCGCCGUUCUUUGCCUUUGACAUCAGAUGAAGCAGAAGGGGAGGAAAUCUCAGGACUUCUUUGUCAUCAAACAUCAUUUUUGUUUAUUUGUAUGUGACGGAGGCUUGUCUCUUGAAGCUCCACACAUGCGCACACAGUGCAUGCUCGUGCACUCAUGCAGAUUUAGCUUUGCAUUGUGUUCCAGGAGACCACAGCCAUUGAAAGUCUGACACCAUUUUAGUUCAGGGUGUAUAUAAAUAUCUGAGGAAUCUGGGAUUUUUGCACCAUUUCUUACAUGUUCAGAAUAUUCAUGAGGUUGGUUUAUUUUAAAGGGUGUUGUUUUAUGUCUGGAUUUCCAGGUCAGAGGUCAUGUAUAUGGCCCCUUGAUAUUUCUGCUUUGAUGUUUAUUUGUUUGACCAAGGGACCAGUCCUGCUCUUUGUCCAUAUGUGUGAGUUUUUUCAGUCACCUCUUCCUGAAGCCUCCUGAAGCAGCUUUAAAGUCAGGGUCUUUGCAGAGAGUUUACAAGAAGCAGCUUCGCUUGUUCACGUCAGAGACACUGCAGUUUUGAAACGUCUGAGUAUUUUGUGUGGAAUUGAUAUUAUUGUGAUGACCCUGUUUGAAAUAUGCAAUUAAUAAAGUCUGUAUUAAGCCGGAUGUUGGGAUGGUCUGAAAAUCAAAUAUUUAAUGUUGUUUGUUCAUUAAGGAAGUUAAUUGAGCUGA